GAGCGGCAGGAGGAGGAGGAGGAGGAGGAGGAGGAGGAGGAGGCGGAGGCGGAGGCGGAGGAGGAGGAGGAGGCGGAGGAGGAGGCGGAGGAGGCGGAGGAAGCGGAGGAGGAGAAAGGGGUGGUGGAGGAGGUGGUGGAGGAGGUGGAUGGGGCGGCGGUGGCGGAGGCUGGAACGGCGGGGGCGGCAGUGUUGCUCUCCUGGCGCGAGCGCGAGCGCGCGCGCAAGGCGGCGCUCAAGACAAUCCAGGCACGCGAGAAGGCGGAGCUGUCGGACGCGUCCAAGGCGACGGCCAAGGAGCGGCUCGCCUACCUCAUGCGGCAGACGGACGUCUUCUCUCACUUCAUUAAGUCGCCGGACGACGCCGCCGCCUCCUCGAGCUCCUCCAAAGGCGGCGGCGGCGGCGGCGGCGGCGGCCGCAAGGGCAAGGGCCGCAUGACGGAGAAGCAAGAAGACGAGCUGAUGGCGAGGCAGGAGGCGGAGGGGGGAGGGUCGGCGCAGGGCACCCGCCUCACCGCGCAGCCAAAGUGCGUGAGCGGAGGAGCCAUGCGUACGUACCAGCUGGAGGGUCUCAACUGGCUGAUCAAGCUGUUCGAGCACGGCAUCAACGGCAUCCUCGCCGACGAGAUGGGGCUCGGCAAGACGCUGCAGACCAUCUCUCUGCUGGGGUACCUGAAGGAGGCGCGCGGCAUCUCGGGGCCGCACCUGGUCAUCGUGCCAAAGGCGGUACUCACAAACUGGCACCGCGAGCUGGCGCGGUGGUGCCCGGCGCUGCGUGCAAUCAAGUUCAGCGGCGACAAGGCGGCGCGUGCGGAGUGCAAGAGCGAGUACCUGGAGCAGUCGGGCGCGUUCGACGUGUGCGUGACCACGUAUGAAACGGCGAUCACCGAGAAGGCGGCGCUGUCCAAGCUAGUGUGGCGCUACCUGAUCAUCGACGAGGCGCACCGGAUCAAGAACGAGCAGGGCAAGCUGGCGCAGGUGGUGCGCCUCUUCACGGCGCACUCGCGGCUGCUCAUCACCGGCACGCCGCUUCAAAACAACUUGCACGAGCUCUGGGCGAUGCUCAACUUUCUGCUGCCCGACAUCUUUUCGUCGUCGGAGCAAUUUGACGAGUGGUUCAACCCUGAGGACAAGGGCGACGGUGGCAGCGGCGAGGACGUGCUCCACCAGCUGCACAAGCUGCUGCGCCCCUUCCUGCUGCGCCGGCUAAAGAAGGAGGUGGAGAAGGACCUCCCGCCCAAGCGCGAGAUCAAGCUGCUGAUUGGCAUGUCGCAGCUGCAGCGCACCUGGUACCAAAACAUCCUCACCAAGAACAUCGACGUGCUCAACGCGAUGCAGGGCCACAACCGCGGCCGCAUGCACAACAUCCUCAUGCAGCUGCGCAAGUGCGCCAACCACCCGUACCUGUUCGACGGCGCGGAGGAGCCGCCGUUCGUCAACGACCAGCGCCUCAUCCUGCACAGCGGGAAGAUGGUGCUCCUCGACAAGCUGCUCGGCCGGCUCAAGAAGCGCGGCCACCGCGUGCUCCUCUUCUCGCAGAUGACGCGCAUGCUCGACAUCCUCGAGGACUACUGCGGCUACCGCGCCUGGGAGUACUGCCGGAUCGACGGCUCCACCAGCGGCGACGACCGCGACGCGGCGAUGGAGGCGUACAACGCGCCGGGCUCGAGCAAGUUUCUCUUCAUGCUCUCGACGCGCGCGGGCGGGCUCGGGAUCAAUCUCGCCACCGCCGACACAGUCAUCCUCUUCGACAGCGACUGGAACCCGCAGAUGGACCUGCAGGCGAUGGACCGCGCGCACCGGAUCGGCCAGACGCGGGAGGUCAUCGUCUACCGGUUCAUGAUCGAGGGCUCGGUCGAGGAGAAGAUUAUCGAGCGCGCCCAGCGCAAGCUCUACCUCGACGCCGCCGUCAUCCAGCAGGGACGGCUGGCGGACCAGUCCAAGUCGCUCUCCAAGGACGAGAUGCUCUCUAUGAUUCGCUUCGGCGCGGACGCGGUCUUCCACACCAAGGGAGGCGGCGAGCCGACCGACGAGGACAUCGAGGCGCUGCUGCUGCGGGGCGAGGAGCGCACGCGCGCGGACGAGUCCAAGCUCAAGGACCAGGCAAACUCGCUGGCCAACUUUACGCUCGACGGGCAGGAGCGGUCGAUGUACGAGCUGGACGGGCAGGACUGGUCCAAGGGGUCCGAGGCGGCGACGCAAUGGUCUCUCUCGCUGCCGAAGCGGAUCACAAAGCAAAACUACGAUGAGACGGCCCACCAGCAGCGGGCGGGGCUGCGCAUGCCGAAGCAGGUCCAGAUCCACGACUUUCAGUUCUUUGACGCGCGGCGGCUGCACGCGCUCCGCGACCAGGAGGUUGCGCACUGGCAGUGGAAGCAGGACAGGGUGCUCGCGCGGCGCGCCCGCGAAGAGGACGAGGAGGGGGAGGACGAGCUGACGCGCAAGGCGUCCGCGGCGGGCGUGCCGCCGCUGAGCGACGCGGAGCUCGACGAGCGCGAGGCGCUGCUGCGCGACGGCUUCUCGAGCUGGUCGCGCAAGGACUUCAACGCAUUCGUCAAGGCGUGCGAGCGGCACGGGCGCGACGACGUCGCGUCGAUCUCGCUUGAGCUCGGCGAUCGGUCGGAGAAAGAUGUGGCACUUCCUAGACACUUCCUAGACGCGUACCGCGAGCUCAAGGACCAUGACAAGGUGAUGCGGCGGAUCACGCAGGGCGAGGCCAAGAUCCAGCGCCGGAUCGAGAUCGCGAGUGCGCUGGCGAAGAAGGUCUCGGCCACCGCCAACCCGUGGGUGGGGUUGCGCUUGCGGUACGACGACGCGCGCGGCGCGCACUUCACGGAGGAGAACGACCGUUUCCUGGUCUGCAUGACGAACCAGAUCGGCUACGACCGCUGGGAGGAGCUGCGCGAGGAGGUGCGCGCGUCGUGGCUCUUCCGCUUCGACUGGUGGUUCCGCACGCGGACCGCGCAGGAGCUGCAGCAGCGCGUGGACUACCUGUCGCAGCUGAUCGAGGCGGAGAUCGACGAGAUCGAGGCCGCCGACGACGCCGACGGCCGGAAGCGCAAGGGCGGCGCCGCGAAGGGGCCGCCGGUCAAGAAGGCGCGACGCUGAGAACGGCGCGUCGGCUGGCGGGCUUUUGCCGCCCUUCAUCUCUCGCGCGCGGCGGUUCACCCCGCACCCCGGGAGACCGCCGCGCAGAGACCAGACGCAGAGUCGAGUAAGUGCUAGGUUUUGUGGCAUCAUGUCAGCUGAAUAUUGCUGAACACUACCAUGC